AUGGCCGCCCAAUCCAAGCUCCUCCUCCCCACAGCCCUCUCCGAGAAAACCCUCUCCCAGAUCAUCUCCAAUCUAACAACCCUCUACCUAACCCACCGCCGCAAGAUCUCCCGCACCGUCUACAUAACCCUCGUCCUCGCCCUCAUAAAUCGUGUCCACUCUGCCAUCUCCGAGCAAAAAGCUGCCGCAGCCUCUGCAGCCACCCUCCGCGCCCAGCGCUCCGGCUCCACAUCCUCAUCCUCAUCCGCCAGCGUCAAGAAACGAGUAGAGCUGAACAGCGAGUUCUUCCGGAACCUAUGGCGGUUACUCAAAAUAGUGAUACCAGGCUGGAAAAGCAAAGAAUUGCGGCUCGUCAUCAGCCAUAGUUUUUUCCUGGUCAUACGGACGCUGAUAAGUCUCUAUGUGGCCGAGCUGGAUGGGAAACUCGUUAGCAGUCUGGUACGUGGGAAGGGUAAAGAAUUUUUUAGAGGGAUAGUGUGGUGGAUGAUUGUUGCGGUGCCGGCUACAUUUACGAAUUCGAUGCUGUCGUAUCACCAGUGCAAGCUGGCGUUGCAGUAUCGGAGUCGACUUACGACGUAUCUACAUCAGAGGUAUCUAAGCAAUAUGACGUUUUACAGUCUCAGUGCGCUGGAUGACCGGAUAAAGAAUGCGGAUCAACUGAUCACAGUGGAUGUGUCAAGAUUCUCCAACAGUUUGGCGGAAUUAUAUUCGAAUCUAGCGAAGCCGAUACUGGAUAUUAUAAUAUACAACUACUCACUCUCAAGAUCAGUCGGUGGAGAGGGAUUAUUCGCCAUGAGUCUGCUCGUCCAGCUCUCCGCCAACGUCAUGCGCGCCCUGACGCCUCCAUUUGGAAAAUAUGUGGCCGAAGAAGCACGACUGGAGGGCGAAUUCCGCUUCCAGCACUCGCGCCUCAUCGACUACAGCGAAGAAAUCGCGCUCUACAACGGGCACGAGGCCGAAAAGGACACACUGGAUAAAGGGUAUUUCACCCUAAUCAAACACGUCAACCGCAUACUCCGUCGCCGCCUCUACCAUGGCGUGAUGGAAGACUUUGUCAUUAAAUAUUUUUGGGGCGCUUUGGGGCUCAUGCUCUGCAGCGUGCCCGUCUUCUUCAAAAUCCCAGGCCAGACACUACACGGUAUGGGCGAUCGAACCGAGAGUUUCGUUACGAACCGCCGCAUGCUCCUCUCCUCCUCCGAUGCCGUGGGCCGCGUCAUGUUCUCUUAUAAAGAAAUCACCGAACUAGCCGGCUACACCUCUCGCGUCGCCACUCUGCUCACCGUGAUCGACGACAUCCAAGCUGGGCACUUCGAAAAGAGACUCAUAUCCUCCGCCGAGUCUUCCGAAAACACCGCGGUGCUCAAAGGCAGAGGCGAAGCCAUCGAAAGCUCCGACAUCGAAUUCACCUCGGUCCCCAUCGUCUCCCCCAACGGCGACAUCCUCGUCCGCGCCCUCUCCUUCUCCGUCCGCCCCGGCGCGCACCUCUUGAUCGUCGGCCCCAACGGCUGCGGCAAGUCCUCCCUCUUCCGGAUCCUCGGCGGGCUCUGGCCCGUCUACGGCGGCACCGUGCGCAAGCCGCCCCACUCCUCCAUCUUCUACAUCCCGCAACGCCCCUACCUCUCCCGCGGGACCCUCCGGCAGCAGAUCAUCUACCCGGACUCGACACGGCAGAUGCGCGCCAAGGGCGUCACGGACUCGGACCUGACCAAGUGGCUCGAAGCCGUCGACAUAGGGCACAUAAUCGACGACCGGCCCGGCGGCUGGGACGCCGAAGACGAAUGGACGUCGACCCUCUCCAUCGGCCUGCAGCAGCGCGUCGCCAUGGCCCGCCUCUUCUACCACGCGCCCCAGUACGCGAUCCUGGACGAAUGCACGUCCUCGGUGACGCUGGAGGUGGAAAGGGCCAUGUACGACACGGCCAAGGCGCUCGGGGUGACGCUGAUGACGGUGUCGCACCGGCGGAGCCUGUGGCGCCACCACGGCUGGAUCCUGCAGUUCGACGGCCACGGCGGCUACUUUUUCGGUCCGCUGGACGCGGCGCGGAGGCUCAGGCUCGAGGACGAGAAGGAGGAGCUCGAGCUCCGGCUGCGAGGGGUGGAGGAGAUGGAGAGGCGGGUGGAGGAGUUGGGGGGGUCGGUGGGGGACUGA